GCUCUUAGUGCUUUGGGUGAGCCCGAAGGUCUUAUCUGCCGGCGUAUCAGUCAGCCUCGGAUAAAUCAUAGAUUGGAGGAUGUGAGGAUCUGACAUUGGCUUUAAUGAGUCGAAUAGCAGCUCUAAAUGAUGAGGAGAAGACUCAGCUCAGCAGCACAGAUGAUGGACAACAGGUCAUCACCAGGGAGGCAGAGGAGGCCGCGGCGCAUCGGCGCUACAACGAGGCACUGCAGCUGCAGGCGGCCGGCGAUGACGACGGCGCCGACCGACUCUUCCUGGCCGUGCUCGCGUCGCCGGCCGUGGCCGAGACGGCGGAGCCCUUCGCCUCAGGCAUGGGUCGGCUGCUGCGCUACUCGUGCCACAAGAACCUGGGCAGCGCGGCGCUGCGGCGCGGCGACCCGAAGACGGCGCUGACCUCGCUGCUGGCCGCCGCCGAGCUCGACGACACGGACGUCUCGCUCUGGUACAAGACGGGCGUGGCCGCCUACCGCGCCGACCGCCUCCAUCUGGCGCGCGCCGCCUUCAAGCAGGGUCUGGCAUGCAGCCCCGGCCACUGGCCCUGUAUGGACAGCCUGGUGUCCGUCCUGUACCUGCUCAGCGACUUCGAGGAGUGCCUGCUGCGACUGAGCGCCGCCUUCCGGCGCGACCCGCACUUCACCAAGGGCCGCGCCCUGGUCGACCUCAUGUUGAAGGAGCAGCCGUCGCUGGCCGACGCCAUGAAGCCGUUCCUGCCGGACGGGGACACGGCCCUGAGCGGCGCGCCGUACGACGCGGCGGCCGGCGCGCGCCUGACCGAGGAGCAGCUGGGCAGCAGUCUGCUCGCCCUGUACCAGCACGUGGUCAAGCCCGGCGCCGAUCUGAGCCUGCUGGCUCCGGUGGACCUGGAGGCGGCGCUGGCCGGACUGCGCCGGGGCGAUACGGUGCGGCCGGCCGAGAGCGCUGCCCGGCCCGACGGGCGCCGGGUGACGUUCGAGGACGAGGACCGCGCGCGGCGCCGGCUCGCCUGGGAUGAAGACGCGCCGCUGCGGUCGGCGAUGGACACGGUGGAAGGCUCCGUGGAAGAGGCAGCACCGGCGCUGAUCACCGUCAAAAGUUCGGCGACGGACACGGUGGAAGGCUCUGUGGAAGAGGCAGCACCGGCGCUGAUCACCGUCGAAGGGUCGGCGAUGGACACGGUGGAAAGCUCCGUGGAAGAGACAGCACCGGCGCUGAUCACCGUCGAAAGGUCGGCGACGGACACGGUGGAAGGCUCCGUGGAAGAGGCAGCACCGGCGCUGAUCACCGUCGAAGGGUCGGCGAUGGACACGGUGGAAAGCUCCGUGGAAGAGACGGCACCGGCGCUGAUCACCGUCGAAAGGUCGGCGGUAGACACUAUGCAACAUUCUGCGAUGGAGGUGGAACCGGCGGUGGACGCGGUGGAACGGUUGGCGAUGGAGGUGUCACCGGAGGUGGACGCGGUGGAACAGUUGGCAGUGGAGGUGGCGCCAGCGGUGGACGCGGUGGAACGGUUGGUGAUGGGCACGGUGGAAUGUUCGGCGGCCGAGGGGUCGGACGUGAUGGAGGCGAUGGACGCAGAGGGAGCCGGUGUGGUGGACGGGGCCGACGCUGGACAGGCCGUGGAGAAGGACGUAGUCUCUCGGUCAGCGGAUGGUACUCACGCUGAUCACAUGGACGUGGAUAUGGCUGAGGAUGACGAGGCGCGCGAGGACGGCCUCAGCGGCUGGGAGCCGGGCAGCGACCAGGAGUCGGACCUGUUCUCGGGUGAAGACGCGCAUCAGGAGGCGGAUCAGGGCUGGCAGCGGCGUCCUGAGCCGAGCGAUACACGUCACGCGCAUCAGGAGCCCGGCGGUAGCCAGGACUCCGGGCCUGGACCACGACGAGACCAUGGCACCGUUCAGGUGGCGGGUCAGGAAAAUGUUCCGGGUGCCGCGCUGGACGAAGAGCAUGGUGCUGCGCAGCGGCGGCUGGAGAGCGACGAAGAGCGAACAGAGGCAGCCAAAUCGGACGCCUCCUGCGGGGAGACGCGCGGGGACACUGUGCACCACCCGGCGAGAACGGAGGCUUGCAAGAAUGAUGACUCGGACUGGAAGGCAGGCGGGGACCAGGAGAAGGAUCAGGUGGCGUCUGUUGAUGAUGUCACAGGUCAGGAGAACCCUGCCGCUGAGCAGAGGGCGCCUGAGGACCGCCAGCCGGGCCCGGACGCAGGCGCCAGCCCGGAAGAAGACGUGCACCAGGCCAUGGAACAAGGAGAACCUGAGCACUCGGCUGCCCGUCGGCUGGAAUGUGGUGGCGAGGAAGCAGGCGAAGUGCAGGGACCCAAAGCUGGCGACAUCCACGGAUCGUUCACCCGAGUCAAGAGGAUGAGCACCAGGAAGCUGCUGAAAGCCAGUCAGGAAAUGGACGAUGAUCAGGAGGCGCGCGAAGACCGCAUCUCCGGCCAGGAGGAGGACCAGGAGGCGGCCGACGACAGCGGCGCCGGUCAGGAGGCCGGCUCCGAGCUGACCUCGGACGCCACCGUCGAGCCGGACGCUGCCAGCCGCCGGCCGGUGAAGCGCAAACGCUCCAUCCUCGACUCGCUCAAGAUGUGGCCGCGCAAUGAUCCGGCCGAGAAGCGGCGCAGUAAGCGCGCGCGCACCGCCGGCGGCCUGCGCUGCGAUGAGCCGGUGCCGGGUGAGGAGAUUGUCAACUACCGCGAGCUCUUCUCGGCGCUGGUGCCGUCCGCGCUGCGCUUCGACCGCGCCACGAUGAAGCUGGACGUGACGCCCGAGGAGGCGCGAGAGCUGCGCGGGGACGCACUGGUCACGCUGCUGUACGCCGAGCUGCUCGUGGACCGCGCCAUGGCCGAGGGCAGCGGCGCCGGCGCUGAGCUGGAGCAGGCCGAGGACGAACUGGCGAUGCUCGGCUUCGCCGUGCUGCGCGAGGACGUGCUGGGAGCACAGCAGCCGGCCCUGCAGGAGCUGCACGAGUUGCUGACGCGCACGCCGGCCGAGCGGCGGCCGACUCUCCGGCUGCCCUACUGCGCCUGUGAGCCGCUCGUCUCAGCCGACGCCGUGCAGCGGCAGCUGACAAUGCUGCAGCGCGUCCGCGACCUGGACGGCGUGCAGCGGCUGUACGACGAGCAGCGGCUGGAGGAGGUGGUGGACGUGCUGCUGGUCAUGCUGGUGGACGCGCUGGAGCGGCUGGGUCGUCUCGGCGAGUUGGCCGUCUACGCUGAGGCGAGCUUGCACGAGAGCUUGCAGGCUUACUUGGCCCUGGACGAGCCCACUGAGCGCAUGCGCUGGACCAAGGCUCUGGUGCGCGCAUGCGCGGCGCUGCGCGGUUGCUCAGAACGCGGCCACGACUGGGCCGAGCGGCUGGAGGCGCCUCGCCGCUGCAGGCUGGCUGAGAACAUGCUACAUCUGGUGGUGCACCAGCUGAACAGCUUCGACGUGCUCAUCCUGCCGCUGGAGACGGUGGAGCCGUGGCUGCUGCUGCACCACGCCAUCGUGCGGUACGAGCGGCCGGCCGGCGGCGGCGCGCGUCCGCGCCAGAUGCCCGUCUCUCUGCGGUUCCUGGUGUCGGCGCACGAGGCGCUCGGCGCGCGCUCCUGGUGCUGCACCGACGGCGGCGCGCUACUGCACCGCUGCGCCGACAAGCUGUUGGCGGCGCUAGACGUGGCCGACGACCUGCCGUACGACGAGCAGGUGCGGCGCGCUCUGGAACAGUGUUUCUUCUGCUUGUACGGGCAUCCGCCGCAGCGGCGCGGCCGGCCGCGCCACCUGCAGGAGCACGACGUGCCGCCGGUGACGCUGACCUGGUCGCGCGCCGCCCAGAUGUACUACUACUUCUGCCCGUGCGAGCUGCCGCUGUUCGACUCGCCACGCGAAGCGAGCAUCUCGGCCGACGACGAGGUGCUAUUCCAGCGCGUAAUGGCGCUCGUGCCGGCCGAGAGCUCGCCGGACGCGCUCGCCGACCAGAUGGAGCGUCACGUGACGGAGCCGGAGGCGUCACGGCCGCCGCCGCCGCCGCCCGUGCCCGCCACCAGCGUCACCAAGAACCUCUACUACCUGGUGGCCGACUUCAACUUCAAACAUCGUCAGUGGGACAGCAUCGAGCCGCAGUUGGCCUCGUUGCCGUACUACGUGCGCGACCUCUGCAUCAACCCGGAGCGACGCGACUCGUGGGCGGCGAUGGCGCUGGCGCGCGCUAGUCAGGUGGAGCGCGAGCUCAACCUGUGCGAGGAGCCGCGCGCCGAUACCGCCCGACUCUGGCAGCGCGUGGAGGCGGCCGUGCGCUGCUAUCAGCGCGCGCUCCACAUCGACCCGCAGCUGCACAAACUAUGGCUGGAGUUCGGCACCUUCUCUUACAUGCUCAGCUCCCACGCCAACCGGCUGCUGCGGCAGGACUCGAGCAGUGACCUGGACCUGGCCACGUUCAGCCUGCUGGAGUCGGCGGCCGAGCGGCUGAGCGGCCAGGCGCGGCUCUGCUUCACCGAGGCCGAGACCAUCGCCGUGGCCGACGCCGCCCAGGGCGAGGCCUGCGACGACCGCUGGCUCCACCAUUACAUGCUGGGCAAGAUGGCCGGCCGCGACGGCCAGCCGGUCGACCGCGUGCUCGCCCACUAUCAGAAGGCGCACGAGCUGCUGCAGCAGACGGGCGUGGUGUGUCCGCGCAAGAUCAACUACCAGGACCCGCCAUACCUGGUGCUGGAGGCGCUCGAAGUCUACUAUCGCGUGCACGCCACCGUGCUGAAGCACCUGCUGCGGCACGAGCAGGAGCCGCUGGCGGCCGAGCUGCGGCGCGCCAUCGUCUGGCACCUGGACACCAUGCAGCGCUCCUGCUGGGCGUUUCAGCCGGACCAGGAGCGAACCGGCGAGAAGCGACCGCACUCGGCGCUCGACGGCGAGCAGCCGGCCGAGGUGAAGCGGCUGCGACGCGACGAGGCGGCCACGCGCUGUGCGAUUGUCCUGUCGGACCGCAUCCUGUCGGAGGCUGUGCUGGAGGCUCGAACGCGGCUGUCGGGCGGCUGCGCUACCGACGCUGGCACGGCCGGUCCUGCCUGUGCCGCGGCCGGCGCGCCGCCCGCGGACGAGGAGCCGGACACCGCGACGCUCGUGCGCCGCUGCCUGGCGGCCCUGCACGGCGUGGUGCGUCGCUUCCCCGAACACUACAAGAGCGUGUACCGACUGGCGCACUACUACUUCAUCUCCAAGCGCGCCCGGCGGGUGGAGUGGGCACGUGACCUGCUGCUCGGAUGUCACAACUGGCCGGCCAAGGAGCACAUGCCCACGGCCGGCUUGUUCGCGGACAGAAAAGACACCAACUUCUUCAACGGCAUCUGGCGGUUUCCGGUGGACGACGUGGACCGUCCGGGCAGCUUCGCGGCCCACAUGUACCGCUCCGUGUCGCUGCUGGUCGACGUGCUGAAGGCGACCGACGACUUCCAGACGCUGCUGCAGCUGGCCGGCUGGCUCCGUACCUCACCCGAGGCCAGCAAAAAGUACCUGCGGGACAAGGACCGCGAACAGCUGGCGGGGCACGCCUUCAAGAUGGGGCUGCAGUGCGCGCGCGCGACCUACCAGCGCCUCUUCAAAGCGCAGGCCCCCGUGCCGGGCGUGAAGCGGUUCUACUUCCUGAUGCAGCUGCACGAGGCGUACACGGGCGCCAGCCGGGCGCGGCGCCCCCUGAUCGCACCGCUGCUCGAGAAGACCUUCAAGCAGUACCGGGGCGGCAAGGUGGACGCGGAGCCGCCGCUGCUGCAGCAGGCCAUCAAGUUCUGCGAGGAGGGCAAGGCGGCCAUGGAGCGCAAACGCAUGGAGAAGGCGCAGGCGUCGACGUCAGCGGCGGUGGCCCGCGGCUCCGUGGAGGCAGAACAGCUGCUGAGGCGGGCGCAGUCCACUGGCCUGACGCUGGAGCAGGCCUGGGCCGGCCAGCUGGGGGCGCGCCCCUUCCAGGCCGACGUGGACGCCACCUACCGGCGCCUGCUGCAGCUGCAGCGCGCCGCGCAGCCGCCACCACCCGACUCGUCCGCCGCAGCCAAGGCGCCGGCCACAGCCAAGCCGGCUGCCGCAGCCAAGCCAACCGCCGCGGCCAAGCCGGCCGAUGAGGCUCGGCAGACGACAGCACCGCUGUCGGCAGCGGCCUCCAGCGGCGCCGACCUGUCGGUGUUGGCGGCGCUCUCCCACGCCGGUCUGACCAUCACCAUGGUGGCGGGCGGCCUGCGACGGCUGCCUGGCAGCCUGACGGUGACGGCCAAGCCGGCCGGCCGCGCCCUGCCCGCCAACAUCUCCAUCACGCCGCCGGUGGUGUCGCUCCAGAAGCUGUCGCCCAGUGCCCUGCCGGCACGGCCGCGGUUACCGGCCGCCGCCUCGUCGCACGGCCAGUGGAGCGCCUCGGUGACGCCGCGGGCCCCGCAGGCGUCGGCGCCGCCGCAAAGGCCGCAGAAGUCUGCCCAGCGCGCGCCUCCGCCGCCGGCGCCGAUGCGCUCCCGGCCGUCGUUCUCAGCCAGCCUGCAGAGCUCACAAGCCGUCUCGGUCGGCGUGGACUCGCUGCCAGCCUCCAUCUCGGUCACGGCGCUGCCGCUGCCGUCCUGCUAA